UCACUGUCAGUCGGAUUAUUCCCUCACAGGAGCUGCCUGCUUCCUCUCAUCCUCCUCCUCGACAAUGCGGGCUCCAACCGAGGAUUUAUAAUUUCUCCAUCCACUCCGCGGUUCUUCCUCUUCUCCUCCCUCUUCUUCUUCUCCGUGACCUGGUCCAGUGAUGUGGCCUCCUGCACAGAUCUAAGGCUGACUUACAGAGGAAGUGGACCCAGGAUCAAACCCCGCCCCCCUAGCAGAUCACAGCUCCACCGGUCCACCCCCCAACCCAAACUCCCCUCCCCCCUGUGCAGCUCCAGGACUGUCCAAAGGGAUCCUCUGUGGGUUUUCCAAAGGGUUCUGUGGUGUUCUGGAGCUCCAUACGCCUCGGGGCUCAGACCUUCAUGCGUCUCCCAGCGUCAGAGUCCACCCACACCUCCACCCACCACACCACCACCACCACCUCCACCAUGAGCUGUGAGCAGGAGUUUGGAGACGGGGCCAUGGGGGUCACACUCACACUGCGCCUCCUCAUGCACGGAAAGGAAGUAGGAAGCAUUAUCGGAAAGAAAGGAGAAACAGUGAAAAGAAUACGAGAAGAGAGCAGCGCCAGGAUCAACAUCUCAGAGGGUUCGUGUCCAGAGCGGAUCAUCACCAUCACAGGACCCACAGACUGUGUGUUCAGAGCAUUUACUAUGAUCACCUUCAAACUGGAGGAGGACUUGACCGCCCUGGUGGCCAACGGUACCAUGUCCAGUAAACCUCCGGUCACUCUUCGCUUGGUCAUCCCUGCCAGUCAGUGUGGCUCCCUCAUCGGAAAAGGCGGAUCCAAAAUCAAGGAGAUCAGAGAGACCACAGGUGCCCAGGUGCAGGUGGCAGGAGACCUGCUCCCCAACUCCACAGAGAGAGAAGUGACGAUAUCAGGGAGUCAGGACGCCAUCAUCCAGUGUGUGAAACUCAUCUGCACUGUGAUCCUGGAGUCUCCGCCAAAGGGAGCCACUAUUCCAUAUCGACCCAGUCCCGCACCAGGAACUGUGCUGCUGGCCGGAAACCAGGUGUUCGAGGCGUCAGACUUCGGCUCUCAUCCUCUGUUCUCAGUGGCACAGGGAGGAGGAGUGGACCUGCAGCAGACGUACGCAGUACAAAGCCACUACGGCAUUCCACAUUCAGAGUUGGCGAAGCUCCACCAGUUGUCGAUGCAGCAGCAGGGCCUGGCCCCCAUCAGCCAAUCAGCAUCGCAGGUUCUGUCAGGAGGGGUAGAAGCCAACUCUCAAACCACAUCUCAGGAGCUCCUCAUUCCAAACGAUCUUCCAGCUGGUUUUACCAACAGCACUGGAGAUGAGCCUCAGAAAACCUCCUAUCUCCAACUGGAGACUAGCCUCAGAAAACCUCCAAUCUCCAAACCAAUCACCCUUGAGGAAACUGAUCUGAAGACACAUUUAGUGGACGGGCCAAAGGAUGACAGAGGCAUGUAA